AUGACACCCAGCCAGGCGCUCCUCCUCGCCUCAGCGGGCACAGCCGCCUUGGUCCACUCCGCCGCCAACGCCAGCACAGCCGGCAAACCGAAUUUCAUCUUCAUCAUGACAGACGAUCAGGACCUGCAUCUGGACUCGCUCGACUACCAGCCCGCGGUCCAGAAGCACUUCAGGCAAGAGGAGACGUGGUUCCAGCGGCAUUUCUGCACCGUUGCGCUGUGUUGCCCCUCGCGCGUCUCGCUGCUCACGGGCAAGGCGGCGCAUAAUACAAAUGUCACCGAUGUGGCGGCUCCUUAUGGGGGAUAUCCGAGGUUCAUCGAGGAGGGGUUUAAUGACGACUACCUGCCGGUGUGGUUGCAGGAUGCUGGGUACAAUACUUAUUACACGGGGAAGAUGAUGAAUGGUCACUCGCUCGCCACGUACGAUAAUCCUCGUAUCAACGGCUGGAAUGGGUCGGACUUCUUGAUCGAUCCGGGGACUUAUGUGUUUUAUAAUGCGACCAUGUCGCGGAACCACGAUCCGGCGAGGAACUAUCCGGGGGAGUACUCGACAGAUCUGGUAGCAGCCGCUGCUGUUGGGUUUCUCGACGAUGCGAUCAAGGACUCUGAACGGCCGUUCUUCUUGGGCGUCGCGCCUAUUGCGCCGCACUCGGAGACAAUCACCAGCCCGCGACCCGCCAAGUUCAAUCCGCCGGUGCCAGCGAAGAGACACGAGCAUCUGUUCCCGAACGUGACGAUCCCGCGCACGCCCAACUUCAAUCCAAACACGACGGGCUCGGCGUCGUACUUCAAGACGCUGCGCCAGCUGAACCAGAGCGAGAUCGACUACAACGACGACUGGUACCGCAAGCGUCUGCAAUCUCUGCAGUCGGUGGACGAGCUGAUCGACUCGAUCAUCGAGCGUCUUUCCGCCAGCCCUGCGGUUCUCAACAACACGUACCUGAUCUACACCACCGACAACGGCUUCCACAUGGGCCAGCACCGCCUGCCGCCGGGCAAGAGCUGCAACAUCGAAGAAGACGUCAACAUUCCCUUUUUCAUCCGCGGACCGGGCGUGCCCAAGGGCGCGGUGCAGAGGAUUCCCUCGUCGCACACGGACAUGGUGCCGACUCUGUUCUCGCUCGCGGGGAUCCCGCUCCGUGACGACUUUGACGGCGAGCCCAUACCGGUGACGAGCGAGCUGCUGGCCAAGAGCGAGAAGAGCGAGCACGUCAACAUUGAGUUCUGGGGCGAUUACCUCGUCGAGGGGAAUACCUUCUUCGGGGCUUCGCAGUUCCCGAACAACACGUACAAGCACGUGAGGGUGGUGGGCGGGGACUACGAUCUCGCGUAUGCCGUGUGGUGCACGAAUGAGCACGAGCUGUAUGAUAUGACGACGGACCCCUACCAACUCACGAACCUGCACGGCACCAACGCAACGGUCAACACGUGGGCCGUGGGGUCGCUAGCCGCCCGGCUCAACGGCCUGCUGCUCACGCUCAAGCGCUGCAAGGGGCGGGUGUGCAGGCGGCCGUGGGAGACGCUGCAUCCGUGCGGGGACGUGAAGACGCUGCGGGACGCCAUGGACAGCAGGUUCGAUGCGUUUUACGAGCAGCACCAGCACGCGGUGAGUUUCUCCGAGUGUGCGCCGGGGCAGCUGCUGGAUGUCGAGGGCGCGUUGGAGCCGGUGGUUUGGCGGGACGAGUGGGAUGCGUGGAGUUACAGUACUUGA